AAGAAGUGGAGUACUCCGUAGCAUACUAGCAUGUGUAAAUCUUUUACUACAAAAGUCAAACCACCAAAUUGGCAAUUUUACACUGGCCUGCCUUCCCAUAAUCAUGAAAAAAUAAAUAAAAUCAUUCCUUUUCCCCUCCUAUAAAUUCCCAUAUUUCUCUCUCUAUUCCUUAACUCAAUUACUCACAAAAACACAAAUAAUGAAGCAUUUUGACUUCACAUUGUAUUUCUUGUUGCUAUGUAUUACCACUAUAAUUACAUGUCAAGGUGUCCUAGAAACUUCCCUUACAAGCAAAGGAACACAAAAAAUGGCAAUGCAAUUUGAAGCCAUCUACCAAUUUGGUGACUCCCUUUCCGACACCGGCAACUUAAUUCGGGAAUCCACCGGAGCAAGAACCGCUUACGCGAGGCUUCCAUAUGGACAAACCUACUUCCACCAUCCUACUGGCCGUUGCUCCGAUGGCCUUCUUAUGGUGGAUUACUUUGCUAUGUACUUCAACCUACCAUUACUGAAUCCAUAUCUUGCCAAAGGAAGUGACUUCACAAAUGGAGCCAAUUUCGCCGUAGCAGGCGCUACCGCUCUUGAUGUAUCGGCUUUGGCUGCUCGAAAUGUAUCUCUACCACUUACACAGAGUAAUUUGGCUAUGCAACUUCGUUGGUUUAGAUCUCUCCUCUACUCUACUCUCACCGAUCCAAUAGAAAUCAGAGAAAAAUUGGAAAAAUCUUUGGUACUAAUGGGAGAAAUUGGAGGCAAUGACUACAACUUCGCUUUCUUCCAAGGCAAAACUUUGCAUCAAGUUUAUCAACUUGUUCCUCACGUUGUACAAACCAUUAAAGAUGCUGCUACGGAAGUGAUUCAGCUUGGAGCUACUAAUAUAGUGGUGCCCGGGAACUUCCCAAUUGGUUGUGUACCUCUUUAUCUUGUUAAAUUUGGAACCAAUGAUGCAUCAAAGUACGAUGAACUUCAAUGCCUUAAAGAUUACAAUGACUUCUCAAAGUAUCACAAUGAUCUUUUGAUAGAAGCCGUCCAAGAGUUGCAACAAGAGAACCCGGGUGUUGUCGUUGCGUAUGGGGAUUACUACUCUGCCUUGACAUGGGUCAUUAGUCAUGCUCCUCGAUUAGGUUUUGAGCGAAAUGGAUCAAAGAAGGCAUGUUGUGCAAUUGGUCGCAAUCCGUAUAACUAUGACUUAAAAAGAAGUUGUGGAAGUCCUGGAGUUCCAGUUUGUCAAGAUCCAAGUAAAACAGUAAAUUGGGACGGAAUACAUAUGACUCAAGAGGGAAACAAAAAUGUUGCAAGAUGGUUAUUAAGACAAUUUGUACCUACGCUUCAAAGACGACGUCAUGCUUAAUCAAAGUAGUACCCGAUACUCCAUACUAUUGCACCCUUUGAUCAAGAUUUCUCCCAUAGAAAAUAUGAUAUUUUGUACCCUGAAGAAGGUAUUCUAGGCAAAUGUCAAUUAUAGUGAGCCUUGUUUUAGUUUAGGCUUCAUUUCUAUUUGAGAAAUUUGAAUAUUGAAUAUGCUACAAUGCUGGACAAUUUUUCGAUGGUGCUUUCGGACAACCCAAAUGAGAAAAGAUUAGUAAAUUUGAUGA